CUUCAGGACCCGCAGAGGGAGGUGCAGAAGAUCCUGCAGUUUCUGGGCAAGGAGGUGGCAGAGGCGACAGUGGCGAGGAUCCUCCACCACACCUCCUUCCAGGAGAUGAAGAAGAACCCUGCUGCCAACUAUGAGACCAUACCCACCGCCCUGAUGGACCACAGCCUCUCCCCCUUCCUCCGGAAAGGGAUCUCCGGGGACUGGAAGAACCACUUCACCGUGGCCCAGAAUGAGCGCUUUGACCAGCACUACCGGGAGCACAUGGUGGGCUCUGACCUCCACUUCCAGAUGGAGGUGUGA